AUGGCCAACAAUGCCAAUGAUGGAGCCUUUGGGUUGGAAGACGUGCCGGAUUUGCCUGAAGCACCCAUGGAACAGCCCAAGUACAAUCGGGAUUACCAUGGACUCUUCCUCAAAUUCAUGAGCUGGCUGCACAAGAGGACGUACACCAAGGCGGCUCGCUUCCAACCCAGUGCUUUGGGCGGCAUCCAACCACAUCACGUUGCCGACUACUUGAAAUGCGUGCACAAGAAGGCUAUCUCGUUCUACAUGCCCAUCAAAGGUACCACAUGGAAUGGAACCUCCGGCAAUCCAACCAAGUCCGAUCCUGUGAACGAAGUGGUCAAGGAAGUCAAGAAAGCGGAGACUCAACACCGCGGCAAGAAGUCCUGUGCCAACAGGGAUUUGACGGAAACAGAGUAUCGCAAGGUGGUCCAUGAACUCUACGACAAAGGGAGCUUUGAAGAGACCAUCCGUACAGCCUGCAUGCUGAAGCAGCAAGUCCAUCUCAUCACCGGGACGGAUGACAUCUCUAAGUUGAAGUAUUCCGACUACAAGCUGCAUCCAGACUUCCCUUUUGCGCUCAGUUGCAAGGUGCAUUGGUUCAAGAAUAUUUCGGAAGAACAACAAUGCCCUGAUCAAAUCAUUCUUGGAUUGUUGGAUACCGACUUUUGUGCUAUGCUCGGAUUGGCGAAUUACAUGGAGGCGUCCUUCAACUACGGGUAUGGCGCCGCUGGUCGGGAAAAUGCAUUCCUCUUUACUCCCGAAAGCGAUCCCAAGUUGGCUCCCAAACACUGCAACGCUGCUAACGAGGCGUUUUCUCCCACGACUCAGAAGACCAGUGACUCACCCCAGUCGGAGGUCAAGGGAUAG